AUGCAGUCACCCGUGCCAAGUGCUCCACCGCAGUCGCUUGCACCGCACUCGCCAACACAGUCACCCGCUCCAAGCAUGCCUACUGAGUUGCCCCCACUGAGCAUGCCAAUGCAGUCACCCGUGCCAAGUGCUCCACCGCAGACACUUGCACUGCACUCGCCAGCACAGUCGUCCGCUCCAAGCAUGCCUACUGAGUUGCCCCCACCGAGCUUGCCAAUAGAGUCACCCGUGCCAAGUGCUCCACCGCAGUCACUUGCACCGCACUCGCCAGCACAGUCGCCCGCUCCAAGCAUGCCUACUGAGUUGCCCCCACUGAGCAUGCCAAUGCAGUCACCCGUGCCAAGUGCUCCACCGCAGUCACUUGCACUGCACUUGCCAGCACAGUCGUCCGCUCCAAGCAUGCCUACUGAGUUGCCCCCACCGAGCAUGCCAAUGGAGUCACCCGUGCCAAGUGCUCCACCGCAGUCGCUUGCACCGCACUCGCCAGCACAGUCGCCUGCUCCAAGCAUCCCUACUGAGUUGCCCCCACUGAGCAUGCCAAUGGAGUCACCCGUGCCAAGUGCUCCACCGCAGUCACUUGCACCGCACUCGCCAGCACAGUCACCCGCUCCAAGCAUGCCUACUGAGUUGCCCCCACUUAGCAUGCCAAUGGAGUCACCCGUGCCAAGUGCUCCACCGCAGUCACUUGCACCGCACUCGCCAGCACAGUCGCCCGCUCCAAGCAUGCCUAGUGAGUUUCCCCCACUGAGCAUGCCAAUAGAGUCACCCGUGCCAAGUGCUCCACCACAGUCGCUUGCACCGCACUCGCCAGCACAGUCGCCCGCUCCAAGCAUGCCUACUGAGUUGCCCCCACUGAGCAUGCCAAUGGAGUCACCCGUGCCAAGUGCUCCACCGCAGUCGCUUGCACCGCACUCGCCAGCACAGUCGCCCGCUCCAAGCAUGCCUAGUGAGUUUCCCCCACUGAGCAUGCCAAUAGAGUCACCCGUGCCAAGUGCUCCACCACAGUCGCUUGCACCGCACUCGCCAGCACAGUCGCCCGCUCCAAGCAUGCCUACUGAGUUGCCCCCACUGAGCAUGCCAAUGGAGUCACCCGUGCCAAGUGCUCCACCGCAGUCGCUUGCACCGCACUCGCCAGCACAGUCGCCCGCUCCAAGCAUGCCUACUGAGCUGCCCCCACUGAAUAUGCCAAAAGAGUUGUCCACACCAAGCACGCCAACAGAGUCGCCCGCGCCUAGCAUGCCAACAGAGUCGCCAGCACUGAGCAUGCCGACGGAGUUGCUCGCACCGAGCAUGCCAAUAGAGUUGUCCAUACCGAGCACGCCAACAGAGUCGCCCGCACCGAGCACGCCAACGCAAUCACCCGUGUCGAGCACACUGUUGCUGUCAUCCUCACCAAUGUUAUCACCCUUGCCAAGUGUGACAAAGCUGUCUCCAGUGCCAUCACUGUCUCCAGAGCCAUCGCUGUCUCCGGUGCCAUCGCUGUCUCCGGAGCCGUCGCUGUCUCCGGAGCCGUCGCUGUCUCCAGUGCCGUCACUGUCUCCAGAGCCGUCGCUGUCUCCAGAGUUGUCACUGUCUCCAGUGCCGUCGCUCUCUCCAGAGCUAUCGCUGUCCUCGGAGCCAUCGCUGUCUCCAGUGCCCUCGCUGUCUUCAGUGUCGAGGCUGUCACCUGCACCAUCACUUCCGCUUGUGCUGAGCGCACCGUCAUUGUCGCCCACGCUGAGGGCCCUGCCACUGUCGCCCUCAGUGAGUGCACCAUCUCAGUCAUCCACUUUAAGUGCACCUACACUGUCACCCAUGCUGAGCGCACCGACACUGUCACCUGCAGUGAGCAUGCCAAGACUGUCGCCCGUGAUGAGUGUGUCAAUGCUGUCACAUUCACCGAGCAUGCCAUCACUGUCACCCGCGCUGAGUGCGCCAGCACUGUCACCCGCACCAGGACUGUCUCCCCUGCCGUGUGCGCCAAUGAUGUCACCUGCAUUGUCCGCUACCACUGUUGCCUGCACUGAGCACGCCAAGUCUCACAAUGGUGUCACCUGUGCCAAUACUGUCACUCAUACCGAUGCUGUCGCCCAUGCUGAGCGUGACAGUGCUGUCGCCUGUGCAGAGUGGGUCAACGCAGUCGCCCGCAGUGAGCAUAUCAAUGCUGUCACUCGCACUAAGUGCACCAACACUGUCAUCCGCACUGAGCCCGCCAGCACAGUUGCCCACGCAGAGAGCACCUCCACUGUCACUCGUGCCGAGCGUGACAGCACUGUCACUCGGGCCAAGUGCACCAACACUGUCGCCCGUGCCAGAUGCUUGCUAUAUGACAAAAGAGAUUCUGGUGUUAAAUGUUCACAUUUUGCUUCAGUAAGGGCAAAUCUAUUCAACAGAAUAACAAACAGACUAGACAAACCGACAGACUUUAGCAUGAAAGGUGGCUUAAAUAUUCUUCCUAAAGGAAGAUUUGCAAAAGAAGAAGAAGAAGAAGAAGAAGAAGAAGAAGACAUUUCUAAUGAUGAAGUGUCAGGGAGACCUCAAGAUAAAACUGCUGCUGCUGAUAAUAUAUCAGAGAUACCUCUUUCUCAACCUAUCAAUCUGCUUCUUUCAGAUGGUCAGUGGACAGAUGAUGGCAUUACUGCUUCACAGCUUCUAGUUCUUGGAGAAUCACAUGGAAUUCAAAUUUAG